GAAACAGAACAGACGCACAAACAAAAAUCCGAUGCUUCUCUGUGUGUAAAACUUUCGUUUUAUGGUUCAUGUCUGGUUUGAUUCAAUGGCUUCUGUAACAUGCCCUCUCAACCUCUGUGUUCAUCGCAGAUCGUCUUCCAAGCUUGACGGAAGCGUAGAAAGACGGAGACAACGGAGCGGUCAAGUUCCCAAGUCUCUCACUAGGAACAAGCGCUCAGAAAUAUCGCGUAUAGCUCCAUUACAAGCAACAUUGAAUAGUCCGCGAGGCUUUGGACCUCCACCUCCUAAGAAAACCAAGAAACCCAAAAAGUCAAAACCCGGAAACCAGAGUGACCAAGAAGAAGACGACCAAGAGGAGGACGAUGAUGCAGAUGAACGUGAGAGAGGUGUGAUUCCAGAGAUAGUCACCAACAGAAUGAUAAGCAGAAUGGGAUUCACUGUUGGCUUACCUCUCUUCAUUGGCCUUUGUUUCUUCCCACUCUUUUACUAUCUCAAAGUGGGAUUGAAGAUCGACGUGCCUACAUGGGUUCCGUUUAUUGUUUCCUUUGUCUUCUUCGGCACGGCUUUAGCUGGCGUGAGCUACGGGAUCGUAUCAUCGAGUUGGGAUCCGUCGCGAGAAGGUUCCUUGUUAGGAUGGAAUGAAGCUAAGAAGAAUUGGCCUGUCUUUUGGCAGUCCUUUUGGAACUCUUCAAACAAGAGAUAGACAGAAAAACAAAAACAGCGGUUUGAUCAUUUAUUACAAGUCGAUACUUCAAGACUACUUCUGUCGAUUUUCUAUAUAAUUUUCUCUAUGCAAUCUAUGAUUCUUCCAAUCACCAGUUACAGCAGCUGAAAUGAAUAAGAAAGUACACAACAGAUACC